AUGAAAAACAACCCCCACAUGAAGCCCUGCAUCAAGUUCUGCAUCAAGUCCUGCAUCAAGUUCUGCAUCAAGCCCCGCAUCAAGUCCUGCAUCAAGUUCUGCAUCAAGCCCCGCAUCAAGUUCUGCAUCAAGCCCCGCAUCAAGUUCUGCAUCAAGCCCCGCAUCAAGUUCUGCAUCAAGCCCUGCAUCAAGUCCUGCAUCAAGUCCUGCAUCAAGCCCCGCAUCAAGUUCUGCAUCAAGCCCCGCAUCAAGUUCUGCAUCAAGCCCUGCAUCAAGUUCUGCAUCAAGUCCUGCAUCAAGCCCUGCAUCAAGCCCUGCAUCAAGUCCUGCAUCAAGUCCUGCCCACAGUACAUUAAGGAGGAACACUGA